CAAUAGGAGUGGAGAAACGGCGGGGAGCGGCCAAUGGGAGCGGAGGGUCGGGGGCGCGGACUUCCUGGAGACGAGGCCGGGAGGGGGCCUGGCGACGGGGCCCGGGGCCCUGCGGAGCCGCCGGGAUGAACGUCGGCGUGGCGCACAGCGAGCUGAACCCCAACACGCGCGUGACGAGCAGCCGCGGCAGCUGGCUGGCCUACGGGAUGGCGGUGGGCGCGCUCCACAUCGUCCUGCUCAGCGUCCCCGUCCUCAGCGUCCCCGUGGUCUGGACGCUCACCAACGUCCUGCACAACCUGGUGAUGUACUUGCUGCUGCACACAGUGAAGGGGACCCCGUUCGAAACCCCCGACCAGGGCAAGGAUCGCCUCCUCACGCACUGGGAGCAGAUCGAUUACGGGAUGCAGUGCACCUCCUCGCGCAAGUUCCUCAGCAUCUCCCCGGUGGUGCUUUACCUCCUCACCAGCUUCUACACCAAGUACGACCCCGCACACUUCGUGAUCAACACGGCCUCCCUGCUCAGCGUCCUCCUGCCCAAGCUGCCCCAGUUCCACGGCGUGCGGCUCUUCGGCAUCAACAAGUACUGAGCCCCUCGCCCCCUGCGGCACGGCGUGGCGGAGCCGGGGCAGUGUCCGCGCCGCUGGACGGAGCGAGCUCUGCAGGGACAGGGGGAGGAUGCGGCAGGAGGGCCGGCUGCACCAACGCUCCUGCAUGCAGGGCUUCCCACGAGGGUUUUGGCAAGGUUCCUGCAUCUCCUAAGGGCUCCUCGCUGGGCCUUCAGCUCCUGCUGCUUUGCUGGAGAUGCGUGAGCUGGAUGGAGCAAGCCAGGCACGUCGCACGCGUGUGUUUCCCUCAGCCCCCCCCCCCCCCCCCCCCCCCCCGGCAGUGGGGAAGCACCCACGAGGGGAGAACUGUCGACCGGUGGGAAGGGCAACCACCCCGAGCCUCCUUCAUCGUCGUCUUUCGUACGAUUCCACCGUCAUAAAGGCCGGACAGAGCAGAGCGGUGUCCUCACAGCACGGCCCCCAGCCAGGAGAGCGCCCGCAGCCGCCCCAGAGAGCGCCUGGAAGCAGCCCGUCACGUCCCCAGCCCCGCAGACGAGGGGCACGCUUCUAAACCGUGCUUUAAUCUGAGAAAAGUGGGAAGAGAAGAACACUAGCGUUAAACCCCAGCUGCUCACGCCUGGGAGUACAGAGGUUGGCAGGACGCAGGCAGGGCUUUUUUACAUGACUUCAUGUAAAAAGGAAUACAAAUAAAAAAAACCACUCCUAGCCCUCA